GGAUCGGAUAAAAAAUGCUGUGAUGAUGGAGAUCAUUGCUGCGGCUUGAACGAUAAAUGUCUUCCAGGCGGUUGUUUACCUCCGGGUGCAGAAGACUGUGGAAAUGGCUACCACUGUGAUAAGGGGGACAAAUGUACUUCGGGUGGUGGUUGUAUACCUUUGGAUGCGGAAAUAUGUCCAAAUGGCGGCUACUGUGAUAAGGGCGAAAGAUGUGCUUCAGGAGAUACUUGUUUGCCUGUGGGUUCAGUCGAUUGUGGUCAUGGUACUCACUGUAAAAAG